AUGGCUCAAAUACCACGUUUAUCCGAUGAUCUUCUCUAUAUUAUUUCUGAAAAAUUACUUUUUAAAAAUCGUUGUGGGGAUAUUGAUCUGCGAAGUAGAAUUGCAAGUCCUUAUGCUCUUUUUAUGUUUCACAGUGUAAAAAAUAUGAGAGCUUUGCUUUUUCAAUUUUCUAAAAUGAAGCAUCUUGAUCUUUCAAUUUGUAACAAUGAUUGUUUUAUUAAAUUUUACAAAGACGUAAUACCUGACUGUAUUGUGAGUGUGUUGUUUUUAUUUUCCUUUCUGGAAAUAAUUUAAAAAUUUAAUUAAAUUAUUGCCAGCUUUGUAAUCAUCUUGAUUAACAUUUUUUGACCAUCUAUUAAUUGGCAUAUGUAUAUACCUCCUUCCCACUCUCUCAUUUUGGACUCAAUCAGAAUUAAUAGUUCAUUAUCAAUCACAUGGAAAUCCUCUCCUGGGUACUUUAUUAAUAUUCCGCCCCCACCCCUAUU